CUGUGACGUCAUUCCUAGUUCCGAGUUCCGACUUCCGAGGUAAAUGGAACGCAGCAAGUCCAGCUGUCUCGAGCAGGGCGACUCGGGACAGCAGCGCCCCCGUUUUCCCCAGAUAUCGCGAGAAGACAGCUCCCUCUCCUCCCCCAGAAGUGAACAUACCGUGCAUGUGUGUGUUUAUGUGUGUGUGUGUGUGUGUGUGAGAGGUUGCUCGGGGGUGUCCGCCUGAUGUCAUUAGGCAGAAGGGGAGGCUGAGCUAAGGCGGUGGGAAACAACAAUAACCGUACCCUUACCACCGCUCGGAAGUGGGGCGUUCAAGUGCUCCCGUGUUAUUGAACCACGCAAAGCGACCGCGACCCCUUCACGGUCCGGGGCGCCCAUAGCGGACCAUAGCGGUCCCAGAUGCGGGGACGGAGGACGGGUUUCGCACCAGCAGCACCACCCGGGGAUGGGUUCUCGUUGUCCCGAUAACGGGUAAACGCACAGCAAACCUUCACCCCCCCCGAACCAAACCCAGGACCCGUGUUUGCCGCCGCUCGACCGGGACUCCGUCGGUGACAUUUCCAGGCUGAAAAUGCGGUCUCGGCCGUCGAGCCGCCUCUGGGCCGCGGCCCGGCUCCUCGCCGAGCCCGGAUCCGGGAUAUAAGCUCAGCCUGCAGUCUGCUCGCCGCAGCUGGAUCCAGCUGUGGUUCACCUCCACCGGGACUCCACCGGGCAUUUAUGUGAUGCUUCCCUGCGUCAUGUUUGAGCCUUUUGUAGCCUGAGGCGCCGCUACAAAGAUGCACGGCAGAAGCACAACACGGGGCUGAAGGGGGUUAAGGUUAGACCAAACCCCCGCCAGGGUCGCUCAGCACCCGGGCUCACGUCUGAACAACCCCCGCCCCCCCCCAAAUACUUGCUAUAAUCGGCUCCAGAGAUGGAUAAACUGACCAUAAUUUCAGGGUGUCUGUUUCUGGCAGCAGAUAUCUUUGCUAUAGCCAGCAUCGCAAACCCAGACUGGAUCAACACUGGGGAAUCAGCAGGCGCCCUUACAGUUGGACUAGUCAGACAAUGUCAGACCAUCCAUGGACGAGACCGAACUUGUAUUCCACCACGGCUGCCCCCCGAGUGGGUCACCACACUUUUCUUCAUCAUCAUGGGCAUCAUAUCCCUCACAGUCACAUGCGGUCUUCUGGUGGCAUCACACUGGCGCAGAGAAGCCACAAAAUACGCCCGUUGGAUCGCCUUUACUGGCAUGAUCCUGUUCUGCAUGGCGGCACUCAUCUUCCCAAUAGGCUUCUAUAUCAACGAGGUAGGAGGUCAGCCGUACAAGCUGCCCAACAACACGGUGGUCGGCUCCUCGUACGUGCUGUUCGUCCUCUCCAUCUUCUUCACCAUAGUGGGACUGCUGUUUGCAGGCAAAGUUUGCCUUCCAGGCUGAUGACUCCAACACGCCUGCCUCUGGACUGACAGAAGAGGCUCUGAAAAUUUUAUGGGAUUUAAAAGAACACAAUGACUGAAAAUCAAACACAACAAACUCUAGCCAGAAGCCUGAAACGGGGAAAGUCUCUGCUUAUGUGUCAAGGGACCGCAGCACCACGGAGAACCUAACUAAAUGAAUAAAUGAACAAAACACUAACGGGACAUGGGCACAACAGGGUGGAGGAGUGUGAGCACAGCUGAGGCUGUCGCAGCACCCCGCCACUGCAGAUUUCAGAUACAGCCGUAUCUCUGCUGUCGUCCUGUAGGAAAGGGUGCUUAAUGUGCCGCUGCCAUGGCAACCACAGCCACAAUGCUGGCGCACAUUUCUUGAGGACCACUACAGCCACUCCCCGACUUGAUCCCCAGCCGUCCGCCCCGCUACCCUUCAGCACACUUCUGCUCCGUCACAACUGCUCCUGUUGCUAUUUUUGGCUUUUCGUUGCUAUUUUCAAUUUUGUGUUUUUUCUGUUGUCUUUUUUUUUUUUUUUUUUCCCUCUGCCCUUCUGUACCUCACUGCAUUUCCACUGAAGUAGUUCAAGUGUUAUUGAGGUUCGUUGAACUGAAUCCUUGAAGUGAAUUUGGUGGGUGGGGGGUGUUCUGAAAGUGACUUGAGAGCAAGGUGUAUUCUAGUCUGCCAUAUCACACAGCCUCAGGUGUGCUGUUGAAGGGAGCAGCUGUAAUCCCAGCUGUUUGUACUCACACACACACACACACACACACACACACACACACACACACACACACACACACACACACACACACACACACACACACACACCAGACCUGCCGUGGAUGAGAGGUAGAUGCAGGUGUGCUUCCUCUUUGUCUCAUCCAGCUCCCAGUCAGGAGCAGGUAGCAGCUUGGAGUGGCCUCCACGGCAGCAGAACCGGAGGUCAAGCACCACAAAGGAGAAUGCCACUCAGUCUGAGACCAUGCAUAAUGUUAUUCAUACAGACCGCAACAAAGUAUUAGUGUAGGCAGCUCAGCUAAACCAUCCAGCUGAUGCAAAUCCUUUGCCAGUGACUGUGAAUUUAAGGAAUAAUCAUGUUACGCUUGUCCCGAGUUUGUAACAACAUGACCAUGUGCACAAUCGCUUCACCAAGAAGUUCUCGAAGGUUGGACAUGACCGUGGUGUUGUAUUUUUGGGGACAUGGGAUAAAACCCCUAUUUUGUUGACAGUAUUGAUUGGUGUGAAAAUAACAUGUGAGUGCUGAAAAUAAGUGGUAUUCUCCUUUAAUGUUUGAUAGGGAAAAGGUGAGCCAGGAGUGUGUUUUCUUUCUUUCUUAUUUUUAUUUUAAGUCUUGUUUUGUGCAACAGUGAAGGCACUGGGACUGCGGGUCAGGUCCAUACAUGGGGCUGUGCCUCAGUGUGCUCUCGAGAGGGCUGUGAAUGUAACACACACCAACACACUUUCACUCUCUGUGCUGUCGGUCAACAUAUUAAAAGUGAUUCUAGCAGUUAUUGCUAUUGUCAGUUAUGGUUGUCAUUAUCUUUUACAUUAAUCUCAAUAACAUCUGCUAAUAUAAACUCCCAGAAAGCGAAAAAUAAUUUAUUUCAAACUUCUUAUCAGGAACCUUCCUAUGACAUUUGAAUAUCUAAUGUUGUAUUGAUAUUUCUGCACUAGGAGGUAUAAAAAAAAAUUGAGACAAACUGAUUUCACUCGUCAUAUUUCCAUUGUUUGGGCUUUAUGUAGAACAUAUGUUGCUAUGGAGUUAAUUCAGCCAUUUUCAUAAACACAUGGCAGCCCUGAAAGCUUUCAGACAUUCGAGAAAGGGGCUGGAUGUGAGAACACAAAUCUCUGCAUGAGCCACAACAACAAAAAAUUCUCAGGUGAAUUCAUAGAGGCCUCUUGUGUAAGAUGAUGCCGGCUGUCAACAGAACAGUCAUCCUGUGUGUGUGCAACAUGCAACUACUUUGGGUUUUCUUUUAUCAUCUCCAGCUUCUUGUGUGCACUAUUCAUACACCACGCUGUAUUUCCAGUUCUGAGAACUAAAAGGCGAUUGCAGCUGAUUGUCCUGACGUCCUCUGGUGUUCAUGCGUGAAAUCACUUAAGUUAGCUGUUGCCUACGGGUUUAACUCCAUAUUGUUACUCUUUUAUUAGGUCACACAUGUGAUGUCACUAGACGGAUAAAUGAUAAAACAAUAAAUACAUUUAAAAAAAAUUAAGCCUUCAGUGCACUUUAGGUCAUUUCUCAUAUUGACAGAUUGUAAACAAUUAAAGCAAAAAGCUUCAUACAUUUUGUUCUUUUUUAUUAUUAUUAUUGUAAGUUCUCUGGGUUUUUUUUCUUAAAAGACACAGACAAAAAAAUGAAUCAAAAAUCCCAAGUUUCAUUGAAAGCAGCAUUCUACUCAGACUUAAGGAAACUGUUAAUUUGCGUUGGUACAUGAGCUUCUACUGUAAAAGUGAACUGUUCUUACAUUAACUUAAUAAAAAGCUUCUAAACUCUUAUGGGAGCUGUUUUAAUCUGUCAUUUUUUGACAUUGAUGGAUGUUUAUGCAAGAGAUAAUGGCAUCCAUAGGUAUGAUUUCCAUCUUGACUCAGAUCUUUCCCUCUAAACCACACCCUCAGAGACGAGAUGGGUCACACUGUUUGAAGACUUUUGAUCCGUCUAGGUCAUUACUCAAAACACCUUGUCAAAUGUCUUCCAUCUGAGAAGUUAAACUAAUCCAUAAGUAACUGCAACAGCUUCUAGCUGGAAGCAGCCAACACUUUGAGGAUCAUUUGAAGAGUUGCUCAUUAAUCCUCUUUAAAAACUUACUCAUCACCAUCCUGUUUAUUCCCAACACUGUGUGAUCAAAUAAGCUACUGACACUCGGCUCUCUCUCUGAAAAGUGUGUGUUUUGAGUGUGUUGAAACAUUCGCAGUUGCUCAGUCGCAAAGUCAUAGUUUUGUUUUCUAUUUCUGUUUCCUGUUCAGCUUCUCUUCAUCUUGGUCCGAUGAUGUAUACUGCUAAGCUGUACGCUCUGCCUUGUUUGGUUUAGUACUGUACCAUGACCUGUUUUUGUUUAUUAAUGUACAGACACAGAAGGCAGGAUUUCUCUAUUAGGAAGCACUGUGCAUUCAACAGUAUAGGUAACAGACAUAGAAGCACCACCAAUUUAUAUAUUAAAAAAGAAGAGAACCUCUUACCUCAUUGAUUUUUGUUUUGUUUUUUUUUGUUUCUGCUAUUUUCUAAUGGUGGCAACGUGUGUGCCCUCUAAUUUGUCUCUUGCCUUGAUCGGAUGUCUACACAUAAAGCCUAUGAUCAUAGGAAAUUAUUUAUCACUGAAUAAAAAGAGAAAAAUCGG